GCCUCAUGCAAAGACUGGGCAGAAUGUAUGUACUCAACCAUCUGCAUUGGUGAGAAAAUACUAACUUAAGCGGCCGAACAGCGCUGUUGAGAACUGCUCAGAGGUCUUUGCUUUCUAAGUUAAAAAAAAACUACCAACUGUUGAGUCUGUGUUGACAGAGCAUACGAGAGGAAGACUGUGGCUUUUGGAGUUUUUACAACUUUCCAGUUAUUAGGAGAUGAAUUCAAUUUGGCUUAAUAUAAUAAGAGGAAUAGAGAUAAUUGGCGUAUUUGGAAAAGUAAGUAGAAGUAAGUCUCCAGUUUGUGCGGAGGCCAUUGGAGAGGGCAGGGAAGGAGGCAAAGCACCAGCAGCACCCAGCUCGUUAGAAGUGGAGCGCAUGACAAGAAGUGAAGAACCAUGGGUGAUGGUCAUGAGGUGCAACUGCGGCUGUCCAAGUUCGGGAGGAAGGGACAAGAUAUUUUGCCAGACCGUUGUUGUGAUGAGUGGCUGUGGAUCAAUUUGCAUCCUCGUGAGCCUUGGCUCAUAUUCUCACCUGAUUUGAAAUCGCUUCUUCAAGUGUGGAACUAUGAAGAUGGGAAAUGGGUGGCCUCCUGGGUAGUCCCUGGCCGUGUGGAUGAUUUUGUUUUUGAAGCUGGAUUCAUCCCGCAGAAAGAUAAUUGGAUUGUGGUGAGGCGAUGGAAAAUGUAUGAAGUUUAUGAAUGCCAAGACUCAAACUUGCGGCGUCUAACGCAACUGCAAACAGAAACUGGUGACAGUUACUACACAUGGAAAAUGGCUGUCCAUCAAAGCCUCCCUUGCCUUUUGGCAAGUUUCAUGCACAAGGAUUUUUUUCUGUGGCACUGGAGGGGCAAAUGGGAGAAGACAAAGUUUGGAGGUCAUAAAAAAAGUAUAACUGAAUUGGUGUUUCAUCCGACUGAGACACAGAUCUUUGCAAGUGCCUUGGCGGAUGACAUCAUCAAAGUGCGGAAUUUGGAGAAAAGGUCUAUUAUUCAAAACCUGACCGAUGUUGGUCAAGGGAAUAUCUGCAGGAUGGGAUUCUGUGGUGGAGGGGAGAGAUCACUUCUGAUCACUUCCCACUGGGGAGACCAGAAUGUACGGGUGUGGGACUACAAGAAGGGAAGUUGCAUAGCACAAUGGAAAACACACGAUAAAUGCCUCAGGGUGUCCUUCUUCCAUCCGCACUUGCCGUAUAUAAUGACUGCAGCAGAGGAUGGAGAGAUUAGAGUUUGGAGUGAGUCAAGCUACCAGCAAGUGUCCUCUCUUUCCAUUGAAUGCCAUAAGGAUGGGAUUCUCAGCAUGAUCCCAAGUAAAAUCUCAAGUAAGCUCAUUGUUGCAGGUAAAGGUGAAUUCCAUGUCGUGGAGGUUGAAACAGGAAAGGACGAAAAGGAAAAGGAAGAGCAGAAGAAAAAGGGGUCUCCUUUUGCAAAAGAUUUUCAAACUUCUUCUGCGGCAAUGGCCAUUGUCGAUGAAGCAGCAGUGGUAUCAAGAAAGGCAAUGGAAGAGAUUGAACACAAGGUGUCCGGCAAUGUCAAGCUGCAGUUUGAAGAGAGAAUUAAGGAGGUGGUAGGAAUGGUUGAGCAGAACUGCAAAAAAGCAGUUGAAGCAGUGAUGGCAGAGCAUCGGACAAAGGAGAGAACCCAAGCGGAGAUAGUGCAACAACUCCAGAGCGAAAUACAAACAAUGAUGAGGACAUGUGAAUCAUCAAGACCGCAGAUGCAGGAGGUGCAGAGACUGACACAGAGGGUCCAGCAGUUGGAGGAAGAGAUUCAAACAAUGACAGGCAGAUUUGAAACGUCCAAACAGAGGGUUCAGGAGGUGGAGCAAACACUGGCAGAGGAGAGAAAACAUGCAGAAGAAGGCAGAACACAUUUAGCUGAAAGGAUCUGCAAGCUAGAACACAAGUUAGCAGAAGAGGUGGCGAAACGGGAAAGGGGAGAGGCAUCUCUAACACAUGCGUGUGAUGUUUGCUCUGCGGGCACUCAUCUCUUGAAGGAGUACUCUUUCGAGGAGCUCCAAGACGCAACUGAUAACUUUGACGUAAAGCGGAGGUUUGGUGGUGGGAAUCAGUUUGAGAAUACUUACCUUGGGACACUAGGAGAUGGUAGUCUUGUUACGGUGAGAAAGGUGAGAGAUGCAGAGGCACAGCUCGAGACAGAGCUUGUGGACAGGGUGAGAACACUCCGCCAUCCCCAUCUUCUGACCUUGUUAGGAGUCUGCUACAAAGGGAGCUGCCUCGUUUACGAGCACAUGGAGCGCGGGAUCUUGAAGAACUGGAUCUCACACCAUGAUGAAGAAAAUGCGGCAAGAGGGUUCCUUCCAUGGUAUUCCCGCUUUCGCGUAAUGGCUGAGGUUGCCCGGGGACUGUGCUUCCUGCACUCAGUUCCAUCUGCAUCGGGUGGACCCAUCAUACAUCGGGCUAUCAAGCCAGCAAGCAUUUUGCUGUCUGACAGCUUUGUGGCAAAGAUCUGUGGUGUGGACGAGGUGAUUCUUGAUACAGACUCUGCUAGAGGGGUCCAACAGGGGGAGGAUCCCCUGGGGGUAUCCACAAACAGGGAAUCCCGCUAUAUCGCCCCAGAGUAUUUGCAUCAAGUUGAACGAGUUCUUAGUGAGAAAAUGGAUAUCUACGCGUUCGGCAUCACUGUCUUGGAGAUGCUGACUGGAAAUCCAUCACUGUCUUGGAGAUGCUGACUGGAAAUCUAUCAAACGCAUUUGAAGUCGUUGAAGAUGCAAUUGAGGAUCACACCACUUUCAAGAAUGCUUUGGAUCAAAAUGCGGGCUGUUGGGAUGUUGAACUGGCUCGCGAGGUGGCAAAGUUGGGGCUACGUUGUGCAAGUUUUAACAGACGCAAAAGGCCAGACAUGGUAGAACCUGAUGUAGGCAUUCUGGCAGUGCUCGAGGGAGUAGCGAGGAAGGUAGACCUUGCACAGUCUGUGGAGGAUGGAUAGAAAAAAAACUGCAGCAGGUCUUUCAGCUAUAUGGAUUUGCAAAUUGCAACCAAAAAAGGGGAAUUGGGGUAAGAUAACUGAAACGUAUAGGCAUUGUCUAAUGGGAUUAGCUCUUCCUGAACACACCGCAUGGGAUGUGGUUCCAUGCCUAUGCAAAACAAGAA